ACCACCAGACCAACAAACCAAAAUUUACACAGGUUACACGCGAGAACAUGGAUGAAUCCACGGGUAAAGCUGGCGAUGGCGUUCCCACCCCUGUGGCAGACGGGGGUGCCGGCGGCAUAGUCCCCAUGGCUGAGGGCAGCAAAAAACGCAGUCCCAACCGCUUGAUUGUUGACGAGGCCACCAACGACGACAACAGUGUUAUCGGCCUCUCUGCCGCAAAGAUGGAGGAGUUAAACCUCUUCCGUGGAGACACGGUGGUGGUCAAGGGCAAGAAGGGACGCUCGACGGUAUGCAUCGUACUGACUGAAGAAGCCACGGAUGAUAGCAACGUACGCAUGAACAAGGUCGUGCGCAAGAAUCUGCGAGUCCGUCUAGGAGACCUGGUGACCCUCUCCCCCUGCUCGGACGUGCCUUACGGGAAGCGCGUGCACAUCCUCCCUUUAGACGACACCAUCGAGGGUGUCACGGGAAACCUUUUCGACGUCUAUCUCAAGCCCUAUUUUUUGGAGGCCUACCGUCCUGUCACAAAGGGGGAUCUCUUUCUCGUCCGACAGUACGUCUUUUUUCUUGGGCCUGCUCCCUUCUCUCCUCCACAGGCCAUGCACCCCGUUGAAUUCAAGGUAGUGGAAACAGAGCCGGCGCCGUACUGUAUCGUAGCCCCCGACACGGUCAUCUUUUGCGAGGGGGAGCCGGUCAAGCGCGAGGACGAAGAGCGCCUGGACGAUGUGGUAUGCUGGGAGGGCGUCGUGGAUGCCGGGGGGUGCUUUGCCCGCCGGGUGACGCGGAGAAGGAGUCGCAUGAGCCUAUUUUCUCGUACUGACGACGUCACGUCCCUUCCCCUCCGCCUUCCUCCCCUCCUUCUAUUCAAGGGCUACGACGACAUCGGUGGCUGCCGGCGGCAGAUGGCGCAGAUCCGCGAGAUGAUUGAGUUGCCCCUGCGACACCCGACCCUGUUCAAAACGCUGGGAGUGAAACCCCCCCGCGGCGUCUUACUCUAUGGGCCGCCGGGAUCAGGAAAGACCUUGAUUGCUCGCGCCGUCGCCAAUGAGACCGGGGCCUUCUUCUUUCUCAUCAACGGGCCUGAAAUCAUGUCCAAGAUGGCGGGUGAGUCUGAGAGCAACUUGCGCAAGGCCUUCGAGGAAGCAGAGAAGAAUGCCCCAGCCAUCAUUUUCAUCGACGAGAUCGACUCCAUCGCACCCAAGCGCGAAAAGACCAACGGGGAGGUGGAGCGUCGCAUCGUCUCGCAGCUACUGACCUUGAUGGAUGGCAUGAAGAAGCGCGCCUCUGUGGUUGUGAUUGGCGCCACAAACAGACCCAACUCCAUCGAUCCCGCCCUCCGUCGUUUCGGCCGCUUCGACCGGGAAAUCGACAUUGGCGUGCCUGAUGAGAAUGGACGUCUGGAGAUCUUCCGCAUCCACACUCGCAAUAUGAAGUUGGACGAAGACGUGGACCCGGAGGCGAUUGCCCGCGACACGCAUGGCUUUGUCGGGGCGGACAUGGCCGCACUCUGCACAGAGGCUGCUAUGCAAUGUAUCCGUGAGAAGAUGGACGUCAUUGAUAUCGAGGAUGAGAGCAUCGACGCCGAGGUUCUGAAUUCUAUGGCUGUCUCUCAAGAGCACUUCAAAUACGCGCUGGGUGUGUCCAAUCCCUCCUCUCUCCGAGAGACGGUCGUCGAGGUGCCAAACAUCAAUUGGGACGACAUCGGUGGCCUGGAAGGCGUCAAGCGCGAGCUCCAGGAGCUUGUCCAAUACCCUGUGGAGCACCCAGAGAAGUUUGAGAAAUUUGGCAUGUCUCCUUCCCGGGGAGUCCUUUUCUACGGCCCGCCCGGGUGCGGCAAGACUCUUAUGGCCAAAGCUGUCGCAAACGAAUGUACGGCAGGGAGGAGGAAUAGAGGGAGGGAAAGAGAGAAGGAGAGCCAAGCCAACUUCAUCUCGGUCAAGGGACCAGAGCUUUUGACUAUGUGGUUCGGCGAGUCCGAAGCCAACGUCCGAGAGGUUUUCGAAAAAGCUCGAGCCGCCGCGCCCUGUGUCCUUUUCUUUGACGAACUGGAUUCCAUUGCGCAGUCUCGAGGGGGAAACAGCGGAGACGGCGGUGGUGCUUCGGACCGCGUCAUGAACCAGCUCUUGACAGAAAUGGACGGCGUUGGAGCGAAGAAGAAUGUCUUCAUCAUUGGUGCCACUAACCGUCCUGAUAUCAUCGAUCCUGCCCUAAUGCGCCCUGGCCGCCUCGAUCAACUUAUCUAUAUUCCCAUGCCUGAUUACGAGAGUCGACUGGGCGUUUUGAAAGCGACACUUCGCAAAUCUCCCGUCUCGAAGGACGUCAAUCUCGAGUAUUUGGCCGCCCAGACGGACAAGUUUACUGGCGCCGAUCUGACUGAGAUAUGCCAGCGGGCCGCAAAACUUGCUAUUCGUGAGGAGAUCCAGCGAGACAUGGAACGGGAAAAACUGAGGGCGGAGGCUGGCGAGGUGGAUAUGGAAGAGGAGCCGAUGGAAGAGGUUACCGAAGCAGAGAUUCUUCCUCGGCACUUCGAAGAUGCCGUCCGCAACGCUCGCCGCUCAGUAUCGGAUCGAGACCUCCAGCAAUACUCUUCCUUCGCACAGACAUUGCAGCAGGCUCGCAGCCAAAUUACUGGCCCAGGAGGAUCCCUAGCGGCCUUCCGCUUCCCGGAGGGAGGUGAGGCAGCUGCUGGAGGGGCAGGGGCGGCAGCAGAGGAGGAAGAUGAUUUGUACUCUUAAAGAAAACGAACAAAAGAGCUGGAAAUAUCAAGGAUCCUGAUAUGUAGUGGGAAAUCAGGCACGCAGGUGGAACAAUAUGUUAAUUCGUGAGAGUAAAUGAAUGGAUAGAGAAGGAUGGGUUGAGGGGGGCAUUGCGCAAAGGGCUAACGUAGAGGGCUGGGUGAAUACAAGACGAGAGUCGCAGCACAUAUGGUAGAAAGUUAAAGACACAUCCCCCCCUCCCCCGGUAGAAUGGGGACGUGAAGUUAGGAAAAUGGGGGAGGUGAGCCACGAAAUCGAUUCGGCGAAAGGCGACGGAAGGGGGAACAGGAAGGAGGAAAGCGAAAGGGGCCAGUGCGUCGUGGUAGGGUACAGAAGGUUGAACGGAGGGAGUAAGAAGGUGUGUAAUGCCCGCAUGUCGUCAGCGAUCUCUCAGGUUGGUAAGGGAGGGAACCUCAAUAUCCUGUAUUUGCGAGAAAGCGUAGACAGAGAUUCCGCUAGGUCGCUUAAGCUCAAUCCUCGAGCAAGCACAGCCAGGCAAGACUACGGGAAGGUUUUCCCACGAUGGAAGCCGACACGGAAGUCAAGCCCUAUCGGAAGGAAGCAAGCAGGAAGACGAGGAUUCAAAAGACAAGAUAGCAAUUCAUCUGAAUGAGACAGAUUCUUAAUGAUCCG